ACUGUCACCGGCAAAUUCAGGAUGAGGUCGAGGCCCAAGGUGAGCAGGAACUGGGCAACCCACUACUUCCCGGAUGAGCUCGCCAUCAGCCUCCGGGUACUUGGUUCAGGACCUCUUCGCAAGUACUCCCCACCGUACCAAGAUACAACUCCAUAACUUCAGCCUCCCGUUCCCGGCCGAGUCCUGGGAUCUUGGGGAGAAAGGAAUGGGGGUUUUGCCUCGGUCCUCAAGAAUCAGUCUUCGGGAGGCCCAGGGUUAAUGCAGGGAGGCGCCUAGACGCCUGAGCGCCACUAGAGGGACCACGGACACAGCUCAGCCGGGCAACUUUACGGUCACGUGGUGGUGAGGGCGGGUCCAAACAAGGGGCCAGGCCAAUAGGCUGUGCUGUCGGUGGGUGUGAUGGCCAAUAGGAACAGGGAGCGGGGUCUCGGACUGUAAGAAACGACGACUGGGAGGGGGCUACGGGACCAUGGGGCUUCUGACCAUACUGAAGAAGAUGAAGCAGAAAGAGCGGGAGCUGCGACUGCUAAUGCUCGGCCUGGACAAUGCCGGCAAGACAACUAUCCUCAAGAAGUUCAACGGGGAAGAUGUGGACACCAUCUCCCCGACUCUGGGCUUCAACAUCAAGACACUGGAGCACCGGGGAUUCAAGCUGAACGUCUGGGAUGUCGGUGGCCAGAAGUCCCUGCGCUCCUACUGGCGCAACUACUUUGAGAGCACUGACGGCCUCAUCUGGGUGGUGGACAGCGCGGACCGCCAGCGCAUGCAGGACUGUCAGCGCGAGCUCCAGAGCCUGCUGGUGGAGGAGCGCCUGGCCGGGGCGACCCUUCUCAUCUUUGCCAACAAGCAGGACCUGCCUGGAGCGCUGUCCUCCAACGCCAUUCGCGAGGCCCUGGAGCUGGACUCCAUCCGCAGCCACCACUGGUCCAUCCAGGGCUGCAGCGCCGUCACCGGGGAGAACCUGCUGCCCGGCAUCGACUGGCUCCUGGACGACAUCUCCAGUCGCAUCUUCACAGCUGACUGAACCACCUGGAUGUCCCCACUCGCGGUCCAGGCCCCAGCCCCCCCAGCUGCCACCUUGCGGAGCGGAGUCAGCCCGCUGGACUAACACGCCUGCCCUCCCGGAACCUGCUGCUGCUACUGCCCGCUGCUGCUGUCCCACGGCAGGAGGCUGCACCCCUCCAGUCACCCUGGCUCCCGACCCAGCCCCCAGCGGCCACACCAAGGAGAGGGGCCUGGGCCGGAAGGGGCAGCCUCUGCUGCUCUGGAGGCCCUGGGCCUCAUCUUGGGCUCAGCUGUGAGAAUAAAGCACUCCCGUCCA